AGUAACUAUUUUAACCGUAACCCGUGUAUACAGCGGCUUUUUAAUGCCUUAAAUAGACAUUAAAGAGAUAGUUAAUACCCUGGAUAGUACUUCAUAUGAUUCCUUACAAUAUUACUUACCUAGGUCAUGUCGCAACCAGAAACACAUUUGUAACAACACCACAAAUCUAUUUUCCACAACAUGAUACAAACGCUACUGAUUUGAAUAGAUCCCACUUUACGAGGACAAAAUCCCAAUGACGUCACUCCUAUCUUCUAUGACCACCUUCUUAUCUAUCUAGGCAGGUACACACAAUGGAUUGGUAAUACACCUCGAUGGCGCGAGCCAUACAUACAUACGAUCUAGACCUUGAAUGGAUAAAAAGGACGGCUAUGAUACUCCGUGAGACUUCAGCUCCACAUUAGCGAGAUUCUGUUACAAGCCGAAAGGUCCGAUCUAUUCUACUGGUAUUAAAGCAAGCUGUAAUCUACAUAAACCCUUCCACAUUGCGGGAAUAAGUGUGCGAAUUCACCUCUACUAUACUCAACAUGGCUCGUAUCUUUAUUACUGGCUCAUCAGACGGCCUUGGCCUACGCUCAGCGCGAACUCUCGCCCAGCGUGGACAUGACGUCUACUUACACGCACGCAACAAUCAGAGGGCGCAGGACGCCCGCACUGCGUGCCCAGAAGCCAAAGAUGUAUUUGUCGCAGACCUAACAUCGACGGAAGAGACCAAGUCGUUAGCAACGCAACUGAACCAGACAGGUCCCUGGGACGCCAUCGUACAUAACGCCGGUCUUAUGAAUGGCGUAUCUCAUCUCAAGGGCAAAGAGGGGCUCCCAGCGCUUUUUGCAGUCAACACCCUGGCGCCGUAUAUAUUGUCAUCUCUAGUCGAUCCCCCACCGAAACGCCUUGUGUUUGUCAGCAGUGGCAUGCAUCAUGGUGGCGACGCAUCGCUACGCAACAUUCAGGAAGCUGGAUAUAGUGACACCAAGUUACACAAUGUUUUGCUCGCCUUCUGGUUUGCCCGUAAAUUCGGGGAUAGGGGAGUUCUGAGCAAUGCCCUUAACCCGGGAUGGGUUGCAACGAAAAUGGGUGGCUCGAACGCCCCCGACAAUCUCGAUGCCGCCGUUGAUACUUAUGUGCUACUAGCUGAGGGAUCGGGCGCCGCUGAGGGCAAAACGGGCGGGUUUUGGUACCAGACCCGCGCCAGAACUUCGAAGGGACCGGGCCGUGAAACGAGUUAUGAGAAGUCGGCAGAAGAUGAAGCACGACAAAAUAAACUGGUUGAGAUUCUAGCCAGAAUUUCAGAUGUCAAGCCACCUCAAUAAUUUCACGAAUUCCAACCGGCUUAUAGUGAGCCCUGGACGACUCGUGCCACUAUAAGCAGUAAGAUGCUAGUUACAAGGGUGAUCUAGUAAUUAGAACGAUUUCUUGGAAUAGGUAGCUAAUAGCCACAUCCAACCAAUUAAUUUAGAUAUAAUGGCUAUCG